CAGCAGCCCCUUUUUUUGUUAAUUUCGUUAUGUUCAUUUUUUUGCUUUAUUUUUUAUAUCAUAAACCAAGCAGAUGGCAACAUUAAACAAUCCUUUUUGUGACCUUAGCCCUGAAAUUAAAGGUCUAUUAACUAUUGAGAACUUCCGAGAAAAUGUCUCUACAACUGAUUUUAUAGAGAAGAUUUCGGCUGAAGUUUUAGAACAAAUAAAUUUCAAAAACGAAAAUACAAAUGUACUAGAUCCAAAGCCUUUUAUACGUACUUUUGAAGUUGUAUUAGAAGAGCUUCAACAACUAAAAUUACGUGUACAACAGCAAUGCGUAGAACUGGAAUCUAGUACGCAAACUGCAGAGCUUGAGUACAAACAAAAUAUUAGUAAUUUACAUGGCGCAUUCGAAGAUGUAUAUCGCUCUUAUGAUAACUUAGAGAGUAGAAUUGGUGAUGUUGGUAAAACGGCUAUACGUAUUGGUGAACAAUUGGAAUCAAUGGAUAAAGAAAGAUCUAAAGCAGCUGAAAGUCGAGAUAUAAUUGAGUAUUUUAUGGAAUUUCAGGAUGGAAAUACUGAAAGAUUAGACACUUUACGUCAGAGUGGGGAAGAGGGGCAACUAAAGACAGCUAUUAUUGGUAGAAGGUUGAAUGCUGUAGCUAAAGAGGUCAAUAAUGACACAGAAACUAGAGUAGCAAUUGAGAAGUUUUGUGAAAGUUUUGAAAAGGAAAUGUUAGAAGAAUUUGGUAAAGCUUACGAAGAAGGUGAUCCACGUAUUAUGGCACAUUGUGCAAAGGUUUUGUUUGAAUUUAAUGGUGGUACUUCCUGUGUACAGACAUACGUUAACCAACAUGAAUUCUUUAUGUCCAAUAUUAAAAUAGAAGAAAUCGAUUAUGUAAGAAAUUCAGAAGAUAAUGAAGAUCUAUCAAAUCCUAAUGUACUACCACCUGAAGUUGAUACAAGUCUUGUAAAAUUAUAUGAUGAUAUUCGUAUUACUGUACGUCGUGAAGCUGGUAUCAUUUCCAAUGUAUUUCCUCAGCCUGCAACAGUAAUGCAAGUCUUAUUGCAAAGAAUUUUUGCUCAAUCAAUACAAGAUCAUAUCGAAUUACUAUUAUCCAGGUCAAAGGGAUAUUCACAUUUAGCGUAUCUUCGUACAUUAGCUUCAACUCAUUCAGAAACUAAAAGAUUAAUAGAAAAUCUGAAAUUUUACUGUGAUAAAGAGGUUUCAUUAAAGGAUGCUGCGGAUAUAAAUGGAUUCGUUACAUCAGCUUCACCAGAAGAAACUUUAGAUAGAUGUAUGGAUGAUCUUUUUGUGCCUUAUACAGAGGGUGAUCGAUAUUUAAGAAAGGAAAUUGAAUCCCUUAAAGAACUGUUUGGUAAAAUAGUUUCAGAAUUCUUAAGUGCUAUGCAACGACGAAAAAUGACAUCUACUCGUAAUCAGUCUGUAUUAACGCGUACAUUAAAUCAAAUCUCGGCUUCAACCUCUAGUGGAAUUUUAUCAUCACCUGACUUGAAUUAUUCACCUACUACUGGAUCUAAUCCUUUUGAAAAAGCAUCUAGUGAAAAGAGCCCCAAUAUAGUUAUUGUAAAUGAAAGUGAUUUCGUAUUACUUUCACAAGAUGCAAUUAUGCAUAUUCUUAAUAUUCAUGCGGAAGCUAUUAUUCGAUGUGUAGAGCUUGAAGAUUCACAAGAAUUGGGAUCAUCUCUUAAGCAAAUCUAUAACGUUUUAAUAGACUUUAUAGGCCAUAAAUAUGAGAAUAUUGUGUUAGAUGAAAUCUUAGAUGACUUGAGUACAUUUAAAGAACCAGAAUUAGCAUGCUUCUCUGUUAUCAAAUCAUCUAUCAAUAUUAUUCAACUUAUGCAAAAACAUUUUGAAGCUGCUAUGUUACCACUCAUAAUAAAUAACCCAUCCGUACACAGAGAUAUACUGUCUUCCAAAAACAACUUUAUGUCAAGCUUAGAGAAGAAGAUUAAUAUUGUACUUCAAAAAAGUAUUGACUGUAUAACAUAUUGGUUAAGCGAAUUAUUAAAUCGUCAAAAGAAAAAUGAUUUCAAACCAAGGGAUGAGGAAAUCGCUAUGAUGAGUAUGGGCACUCAGCCAUGUAUGCAAUCAGUAGACUUUAUUAUGCGAGUUUAUCGUUCUGUAUCAAGUUCACUUCAAGGAAAGAAUCUAGAGGCCUUUUUGAGACGAGUAGGAAAUGCAUUUCAUUCCAUGCUGUUGGAGCAUUUCAAAAAGUUUUAUGUUACGCCGACAGGAGGUUUAUUAGUUACAAAAGAUAUUGCAAAAUAUCAAGAAGUUAUCAAAAUGUUUAAAUUAUCUGGACUUGAUGAAAGAUUUGAAAUGCUUAGACAACUGGGUAACAUAUUUGUAGUUAAGCCUGAAAUUUUAAAAUCAAUCCUAUCGGAAGGAUAUUUAGCAAGACUGGACCCAGCCAUGCUUUACUCAUAUCUUGAAAAAAGAAUUGAUUUUAAGGUCGCAAAAUUAGAUAGAUUACUGGGUAUUUCAAUAGAUGAAAAUAAUAAUAGGCCAAUGAAUAGUAAUGAUGACUCUACUUAUAACAAAAUGAAAAGUCAACGAAGAUCAUUAUUCGUUAAUGAUAAUGAAGUUUUGAAGGAUAUCAUGAAAAAUUAUACAAAUAAUCGCGAUUUUUUGUCUGCUUUUAAUAUGUCUUGAAAGUAAUUAUUUAUACCAUUUAUUAAAGGCUAUUAUGUAACGUUCAAAAUUUGUGAGUAAUAUGUAUUUAUGAAAAGCAGCAAUUUACAAUAAAACAAAGAAAAAAAAAAGAAUCUUUAACUGCAUAUCAAUCCUGUGUUUAUUAAUCAGUUUAAUAAGCAACUUUCUUACCUUCUGAAAGUAUA